GCCAGGAGGGAGUUUUCCACUGACGAAAAAGGCUGCGCUUCUCGGCAGUCUGCUUCAGACAAGGGAAGCGCUUCGGCUGGUGCGGAGCCCCGGAGACAAUAGCACCGAGAGGUGUCUACACAGAAAAAAAUAUCUCCAUAUAUAUGCGGGGAUUCGCCUUCUCUUUUUCCUUUUUUUUUUAUUUACAUAUUUUAUUCCUUGUGCCAUUCGGAUUACCCAACCAUCGAUUGAUUGUCCAGCCCUCAUUUGAUUCCUAAUGGUGAUCGGAUACUUAAAUUGAUUCUUUGCACUAGACGCCAUGACGGGGCUUCUGAAGAGGAAGUUUGAGGAGGUGGACGAGGAUCCGUGCUACUCGUCUCCCUCGCCCUCUUCCCUCUCCUCCGCCUGCUCGGCCUGGGACUCGGAGGGGGAGAGCUGCUACUCGGACACCCUGGAUUCCAAUCCCAGCAACCCCUGCUCCCCAGCAACAAACUUCAACACAACAUCCAUUCUCAAGAAAUUCAAGAGAGCGCGCAGGGGCAACGUGACGUUCGACCAGGUGACGGUGUUCUUCUUCCCCCGGUGCCAGGGCUUCACCAGCGUUCCCAGUCGGGGAGGCUGCACCCUUGGCAUGAUGCAGCGGCACAGCGCCGAGCGCACGUACUCCCUUGCAGAAUUCGCCGUGGAGCAACAGCUCCGGCGCAGGGAAAAACUUCUCAACAGGCUUAGGGAAGAGAAGCUGGAGGCUUUGAAAAUGAAGCUGACGAAGAACGGCACGCAGGAAUGCGAAGAGGCGGAACGGCUCACGAUAGACGACAUCCCGGAGCAAGACCUCGACGUCGGCAGCGCCAACCCGGACGAGGGCUCUUUCCUCCAGCCGUACCCGUCCAAGAAGCGCUACGUCCUGCUCAAGGCAGCUGGCGUGAAGAAGAUCGACAAGGAGGAGAAGAGGCAGCUGCACGAGCUGAGGCUCUCCAGGGAGAACUGCGGUUGCGACUGCCAGGGGUUCUGCGAGCCCGAGACGUGCAGCUGCAGCCUGGCGGGUAUCAAAUGUCAGAUGGACCACUCGUCCUUCCCGUGCGGCUGCACCAAAGACGGCUGCGGUAACACGGAGGGUCGCAUCGAGUUCAACUCCAACCGGGUGCAGACGCAUUACAUCCACACCAUCAUGAAGCUGGAGCUGGAGAAGAGGCUGGAGGAGCAGUCCAGCAAUGAGGAAGAGGAGGAGGACAACGGCGUAGACCCCGGCAGCCAGCUACCAGCCGUGCCCUCCUUCCCUUUCAGCUCGGAGCUGAUGGCAGCCGGGGAGAACAGCUGCAGCAGCGACAUGACGGACUCGUCGGACUCUUCUGGCCAGAGCGAGGACUCGGAGGCGGGCGAGGGCCCGCGCGAGCAGCACAGCCCGCUGGACGUCGACGAGAACGGCCUGAACCGGAUUUUGAGUUUUAACGACGCGAGCAGCGGCGACGGCGAGGACAAGGACCACGACAACAGCCGCUGCCCAAACCGGCAGCAGGACCAGCCGUCCACAGAGGCGUUCAGCAGCUUUAGCAUCGUGGACUUCGCCGACGAAAACGACAACAUAGACGCCGCGCUGCUGGACGGCCACACGGACAAUCGAGCGACAGCCAUUUCGGAACUUUUGGACGAGAACGCCAACCAGGGCAACGGGCUUUUCCACAGCUGCAGCGUGCCGCACACGCCUUCCCCCACCGUCGACCGCUCGGCGAGCUACGACAUGGACCUGAGCCUCUCCUCGGAGUCGGACCUGGAGUUCUUUGACGGCUUCCCCUGCCUGGGGCCCAGCUCGCUGUACAAUUCCCUGAAGGAGUACGAGCACAUGGACAACUAUUUCCAGUUUCAGAUGCCCAACUACCCCAGUUUCCCCGCGGCGAACGACACAGGGACCUGCCUUCUGGAAUCCCUGAUCGGCCUCUCGGAAUCCGUCCCGGAGCCCCCCGCCACCUUUACGGACAAUCAGCUGAUGGAGGAAGCCAUGACACUGUCUGUGAUGGAGUCUGUGAAAGUUUGACACAAUACGCGAACAAUGUAAGAAAGGAAAAAACUCACGGAAGAGUGUGGGGGUGGGAGGGGUUGGGAGGGGAUUUGAAAAAAAUGCACAUAAGAUGUCAACGUGUUUUUGAGGAAGCUGUGAUUUCCCUCCUUUUUCUUUAAUUUCUUGUUUUCCUUUGCCUACGAAAUAUUCAGAUUCCAGACUUGCCUUCGAAAUGUUAGCAAAGCAGUUUUGGGGGAUGAUUGCUUUGAGAGACGGCAGCUAGGGGUUAAAAGUGGAUGGAGAUCAAUUGGACUAGGCCAAUAGAAACCAAUGAAUCCUAAGAAAGCUCUUUUAACCAAACCAAGACCACCAACCGCUCGCUGAACAGGAAUCAACCUUAAAAACUGUUUUCAGGUUGGGUGUUGAGCUCAACACGGCUGAAUGUUCACCUCAGGGAAUUCAAUUUAAAAAAAAAAAAAAAAAAAAACAUUUUUCUAGCUUUUCGGAGGCAAUGCGCGGUGACCAUUGCUGUGAUUGCCUUCAUACGAAACCCGAGUCAAACGGCGACGUACAGUAGUUCUGUUUGCGUCCCGUCCCCCCCACCUUUUCUGGAGAUGACUUGAGCGAAGAAAAAGCUGAGGUCUCAUCUCAAAAGGUCUUUUUGAGGUACAAGAAAAAGAAAAAUCCCUGUCGGAGCUCCUCGAUCAGCACUUUAUCUGUGAAAAUAGCUACGUAUGCAUAGGCAUAGUUUUGGUCGUUUGGGAUGGAUUCAACAGUUUGAUGCUAAAUUAUGGAGUUUCUUAUUUAUGGGCUGGAAUUGUUGCUCAUAUUCUUUAAAAAAAAACAACAAGAAGCUGUAUCUGUAUUUUCUUUACUACUUUUGUUUUUAAAUUAUUUCCUUUUUAAUGGUUUUAUUUAUUUCAGAUGAAGCCUCCACUCACUCAAACAGCACUGCGGUUUGUUUUUACCUUAAAGUGCAAUCUUCCUCCUGUUUUAUUCCAUUAAGGUAUUGCAAUGGGAAUCGGAAACCCAGUGGCGGUUUUUGGUAUGAUCCCUGUAAGGCAGUUGCCCAGGGUGGCAUUACAAAUGGGGGCGCACUCAAGAACCAGAAAACAUUAGUUUUCUGCCCUGAACAAGUUUUCUAUUGCUUGCAUGCAUGUGCAGUCAAAGGAAAGUGCCCCCUGCACCCUGCAGUCUAUAGGGAGACUAGUUUUCAUGCUUUGUGCAGACCUGCAUUAAAAACUGCAUUUUUGUCCCACUGGAAGGUGUUGGUGGGGCAAAAAGAAAGCAAGCUUGCACAGGACACAGUUCAUGCGAGAACCGCCACUGAUAGGACCACAAGUUAAUCCGAAAGUAUUUAAUAUCUAUUCUCUAAUGCUUUGUUGUAAGUUAUUCUGUCUUUAUUUCACGCGUUAUUUAAUUUACAGACACUUUGGCAAUAACGUGGGCUGUCGUGAAGUUUACUGGAUGUGCCUGUUUAUCAGGGGAGCCAUGCCCGCCGGCGGUGUGCGCGCAAGUGCUUCCGUUUAAGCUUUUUGGGACUGAAAACUGUGGAACCUCCCUAAUCACUGAAACAAAUAAAGAAAAUGAUGCUUCUAUUUGUAUCGCUGCCUAUAACAUAACCAUAGAAAAAAAAUAUACUAAUAUUUUCUAACUAAUAUAUGUAGGAUGAGAAAAGAAUUCUAAUCACUGACAAAUUGAAUAUUUUAUUAAGAAAUCGAAAUUAAUAAUUUUCAAUCUGAGACAACCUUUGUAAUAUAUGAAUUAUAGAGAAAAUGUAUGCUUAUGAAGGUUAGUGCUCUUUAGCAUUCUGAAGUAUUUUUUAUUAGGCAGCCAAAUGGUUGGAUAUGUUAGAGAAAAGCCACUAAAACUUCAAUUGCAAAAAAUCAAUUUGAUUGUACUCUGAAUAUUUCUGGAAGUCUGUGACUUGGGUUAAAAUGUUAAAAUUACACAAAUGCGAAGUUUUUUUUGUUAAUUUCUUUUUAUAUUUUAGUGGGUUGGAAACUGCAUAUAUUAUACAGUUUUUAAUCCCGAACCCUGAAAUUUGAAGAGUUGCCUCAUUGAUUAUCAAGCGAGACCCUUUUUUUUUUUUCUUUUUUUUUUUUCUUGAGCUGAGGGACACUAGAGAGCUGAUGUACAUAUCCUCACCCUUUCCACAGCUGUUUCAACAGCCUUUUCUGGACCCUUUAGAAAUUAUGCAUGCAGGUCCUGUUUGUCAAAACUUCUUCUGAAUAAUUGUAUACUUUGAAAAGUGCAGAAUGCACGUUAGAAAUGUAUUAUUCGCUUUUUGCCUUUUUAAAAAUUAAUUUCAUCCCAUAUAUGUUUGUAAGCCACAAAGAUUGGCACUGUUUUUAUUUUUGCCUUUUUUAUUUUUUUUUGCAAGCAGACAACUUUUUCUUGUAUAAAGCAUUAAAUCUCAUGAAGAAAUGACAUCAGUGAGUGUUUAUCAGUGUAAUAUAUUACAGUACAGUUUAUUAUUAUUUUAUUAUUAUUAUUAUUUCAAAAGAAUGUGUCUUACUUUUUUUGCCUUUUUGUGUUGUGCAUAUUUCUGCUUGAAAAGGUCCUGCAGAGCAAACAAAGCUGCUUUAUUUUUUACAUAUUCACACAUUAACCUGCUGUUCGAAAACACUUUCUUUCAUCUAAGCCAUUUUGACAGCUUGUCCCUCCAAAUGAUAAUUAAAACAAAACAUUCUUUUGUAAA